AUUCCUCUUUUAAGCUCCAGAUAAAGCUUUUGUUACAUUGAAGUGAUACUUAUCUUUUGCCUGUGAUGCCAUGAGAGCAAGCAAGUACAUGAAAACAGGGGCGAUUUUGAUUACUGUGGAGGCACAAAAAAAAUGUCUCAAUUUUUGCUGCACACUCAUUCUCAUGCUCUUCCUCCAUCACCCAGAAAAACUCAAGCAAGGCUGCUUAAAUUUGCACAUAAUUCAUACUUUUGGGUGGGUCUUUUGGCCUCUUUUACACUGAUUAGACUCCUCUUCUCCAAUUGGAAUCCCUAUGAUUCGCAAUGUUCUGUUGUCUCAGAUGGAUUUACAGGCUCCAAUUUUUCAAAUUCUCUGUUACCCAGUCAUGAAUUUUCGCCCAAUUUGACAGAGGAGGAGCAGGACUUUUGGAAACAGCCGGAUGAUUUGGGCUUCAGGCCCUGUUUGAAGUUCAGUAGAGAGUAUAAAGAGGCAUCUCUGUCUGUGGUGAGAGAGAGGCGGAGAUUUCUGAUGGUGGUGGUGUCUGGCGGAUUAAAUCAGCAACGCAAUCAGAUUGUGGACGUAGUGGUGAUUGCAAGGAUUCUUGAAGCAGUUCUUGUCGUUCCCAUUUUGCAAGUCAAUGUAAUCUGGGGAGACGAGAGUGAAUUCAGCGACAUUUUUGAUGUGGAGCACUUCAAAACAUGUCUGAAAGACGAUGUGAAAAUCGUUUCUUCUCUGCCUUCCACGCAUUUGAUGUCGAAGCCUGUGGAAGAAAAGAAAACUCCUCUCCAUGUGAGCCCCCGGUGGAUUCGAUCUCGCUACCUCGACCAGUUGAACCGACAAGGAGUUCUACUUAUGCGGGGAUUGGACUCAAGACUCUCCAAAGACCUUCCACCUGAUCUUCAGAAGCUUCGUUGCAAGGUUGCAUUCGAGGCCUUGAGAUUUGCAGCUCCGAUACAAAACAUAGGAAACAAACUGGCUCAAAGAAUGUGGAAAGCUGGUCCUUACAUUGCUCUUCAUUUAAGGCUUGAGAAAGAUGUGUGGGUCAGGAGUGGAUGCCUCCCAGGCCUUGCUCCCCAUUAUGACCGAAUUGUCCAGCAAGAAAGGAAAACUCACCCACAUCUCCUUACAGCUAGAUCUACCAUGACCUACCAGCAGCGCAAGCUUGCGGGCCUUUGUCCUCUCAAUGCCAUGGAAGUCGCUAGGCUUCUUAAAGCACUUGGAGUUCCAGAGAAGAGUCACAUAUACUGGGCUGGAGGAAAUCCUCUGGGAGGAAAGCUAGCUCUAGAAGCUCUGGUAAACGAGUUCCCUAAUUUGUAUAACAAGGAAAGUGUGGCUCAAGCAGGGGAGUUGGAGGCUUUCAGUUCAAGGCCAUCACAUCUUGCUGCCAUAGAUUACAUUGUGGCUCUGAACAGCGACGUAUUCAUGGCAUCACACGGAGGAAACAUGGGUCGUGCAAUUCAGGGUCACAGGGCGUAUAGAGGUCUAAGAAAGAACAUAACUCCCAACAAGCGAAGGAUUCUUCCAUACUUACAAGACAUGACAUUGUCUGAAGGAGAAUUAAAGAGCAUAGUAAGGCAGGUGCAUAAUGAAUCUCUAUCUUCAAAUCGCCCACAUUUCAGAACAGAUAAAGCUGGGAGUGAUGUGUUAGCUUACCCUAUUCCAGAUUGCAUGUGUAACACAAUAAUUUAAAUAGUCAUCUGUUCUUCCACUAUCAGAACCUGGUUGGCACACUCGAGAAUUUGGGGCACCACAGCAAAUUACUGACUAUUCAAUCCACAAACAAGCAGAGCCAUGGAAAUUUUGUCGAUUUUUUGCAGUGGGUCAUCCCCAAAUGAGGAAUGCUACCAGAGUGUGUACAUUUAAAUG